CACUGAUGCCUUAAUUCAGAAUACAAUAAGAUGCAAUUUUAAAGAAUGCACUGUCAUCACGGUAGCACAUCGUUUGAAUACCAUUAUAGACAGUGAUCGGAUUAUCGUGAUGGACAAUGGUUCCAUUGUGGAAUUCGGUUGUCCAUUUGAGUUGUUGCAUAACAAAUUGGACGGGUAUUUUUCACAAAUGGUGGAGAAGACGGGUAAUCAGAUGGCGCAAAGUCUUUUGGAACAUGCGAAGAAGGCUUGCGAGAAGAAUAACAAUCAUUGUGAAUUGCGUUUAGCCU